AUGGAUCGGCGCAAGGGCAGCGGCAGCCGCGACGCCAACGGCGGCCUCGCGGAGGCGACGGCGUCCAGGCUCAGGUUCGAGGACGCCGACGAGGUGGCCGAGGAGGUCGGGAUGGAGGUGGAGGAGAGCCCCGCCGCGCCCGGGGAGGAGGUCAUCGGCAACGACAAGACCAGCGCCGACUACUACUUCGACUCCUACUCCCACUUCGGGAUUCAUGAAGAAAUGCUAAAAGAUGUUGUUCGGACAAGAUCAUAUCAAAAUGUUAUCACCCAGAAUAACUUUCUUUUCAAGGACAAAAUAGUCCUUGAUGUUGGUGCUGGGACCGGUAUCCUAUCACUUUUUUGUGCAAAGGCAGGAGCUAAGCAUGUCUAUGCGAUUGAAUGCUCACAGAUGGCGGACAUGGCAAAGGAAAUUGUGAAAACAAAUGGAUUUUCUGAAGUCAUUACGGUAAUAAAAGGGAAAGUUGAAGAAAUUGAGCUUCCUGUCCCAAAAGUAGAUGUCAUAAUCUCUGAAUGGAUGGGUUAUUUCCUCCUGUUUGAGAAUAUGUUGGACACUGUUCUUUUUGCACGUGAUAAAUGGCUGGCUGAUGAUGGUGUUGUCCUGCCAGACAAAGCCUCUUUACAUCUUACUGCAAUUGAAGAUGCAGAAUACAAGGAGGACAAAAUUGAAUUUUGGAAUAAUGUGUAUGGCUUUGAUAUGAGCUGUAUUAAGAAACAGGCAAUGAUGGAGCCACUUGUAGAUACUGUGGAUCAAAAUCAGAUCGUCACUAACUGUCAGUUACUGAAGACGAUGGAUAUUUCCAAGAUGUCAUCUGGGGAUGCAUCAUUUACUGUGCCGUUCAAAUUGGUAGCAGAGCGUAAUGACUUCAUCCAUGCUCUUGUUGCUUACUUUAACGUGUCAUUCACCAAAUGCCAUAAGCUGAUGGGCUUCUCGACAGGGCCCAGAUCAAAGUCCACUCACUGGAAGCAGACUGUUCUGUAUCUCGAGGAUGUGGUAACUAUCUGUGAGGGAGAGACUCUGUCGGGCAGCAUGACAGUUGCAAACAACAAAAAGAACCCUCGGGACAUCGACAUUACGCUGAAAUACGCCAUAAACGGCAAUAGGUGCAAGGUGUCCAGAACACAACACUACAAGAUGCGGUGA